CCCUUGGGCUGGGGCCGCCCGGCUGUCCGGACUCCGCUGGCCAGUCCCAACAUGGGCCGCCAGGAGCUGCUGCUUCUGCUUCUCUUGUUCCUGAGACCAGGUCACGGAGACCCCCUGGACAGCUACGUAAACACGCAGGGGGCCUCGCUGAUUACUCUCACCAGGAAGGAGCUGCCCGCAGGAAGCAUCGCCGAAUGUGCCGCGAAAUGCGAGGAAGAAACCACAUUCACUUGCAGGUCCUUCCAGUACCACAGCAAAGAGCAGCACUGCGUGGUCAUGGGGGACAACAGCAAGUCCGCCCCGGUCCUUCGGAUGAGAGACGUGGUUUUAUAUGAAAAGAGAAUCUAUCUUUCAGAGUGCAAGACCGGGAACGGAAGGCGCUACCGGGGGACGGUGUCCAAGACGAAAAACGGGGUUGCCUGUCAGAAGUGGAGUGACCACUCUCCACACAUCCCCAGGUUCUCACCCACGAGCCACCCGUUGGAGGGGCUGGAGGAAAACUACUGCCGGAACCCCGACAACGACGAGAAGGGGCCCUGGUGUUAUACCACCGACCCGGCCACCAGAUUCGACUACUGCACCAUCCCUGAAUGUGAAGAGGAGUGCAUGCACUGCAGUGGGGAAAACUACGAGGGCACGAUCUCCAGGACCAAGUCAGGACUCGAGUGCCAGGCCUGGGACUCGCAGACGCCGCACGCGCACGGCUACAUCCCCGCCAAAUUCCCAAGCAAGAACCUGAAGAUGAAUUACUGCCGUAACCCUGAUGGGGAGCCCAGCCCCUGGUGUUUCACCACGAACCCCAACAAACGCUGGGAACUCUGUGACAUCCCGCGCUGCACAACCCCCCCGCCGUCCUCCGGCCCCACACACCAGUGUCUGAAGGGCAGAGGGGAAAGCUACGUCGGGAAGGUGGCCGUCACUCUCUCCGGGCACACGUGUCAGCGCUGGAGCGAGCAGACCCCUCACAAGCACAACAGGACCCCGGAAAACUUCCCCUGCAAAAACCUGGAGGAAAACUACUGCCGUAACCCUGAUGGAGAGUCGGCUCCGUGGUGUUUUACGACCAACAGCAAAGUGCGGUGGGAGCACUGCAAGAUCCCGUCCUGCGAGUCCUCCCAGCUGUCCCCGGAGCAGGCGGAGGCCACAGUCCCACCCGAGCAGACCCCCGUGGUCCAGGAGUGCUACCACGGCAACGGGCAGAGCUACCGCGGCACCUCCUCCACCACCAUCACGGGGCGCAAAUGCCAGUCCUGGUCGUCCAUGACCCCGCACCGGCACUCGAAGACCCCAGACCAAAUCCCCAACGCCGGCCUGACCAUGAACUACUGCAGGAAUCCCGACGGCGACAAGGGCCCUUGGUGCUACACCACCGACCCCAGCGUCCGCUGGGAGUUCUGCAACCUGAAGAAAUGCUCAGAGACACAGGGGGCUGUCAUGAACACCCCGCCCGAGGUCCCGCCUGUCAGUCCCCAGGGCUCUUCGGAAGCAGAAGCAGACUGCAUGCUGGGCAACGGGAAGGGGUACCGGGGCAAGAAGGCCACCACCGUGGCCGGCACCGCCUGCCAGGCCUGGGCCGCCCAGGAGCCCCACAGACACAGCAUCUUCACGCCGGAGACGAACCCACGGGCCGGGCUGGAGAAAAACUACUGCCGGAACCCCGACGGCGACGUCAACGGGCCCUGGUGCUACACGACGGACCCCAAGAAGCUGUUCGACUACUGCGACGUCCCGCAGUGCGCGUCCUCGUCCUUUGACUGUGGAAAGCCCAAGGUGGAGCCGAAGAAGUGCCCCGGAAGGGUCGUAGGUGGGUGCGUGGCCAACCCACACUCCUGGCCGUGGCAGGUCAGCCUUCGAACAAGAUUCCGGAUGCACUUCUGCGGAGGCACGCUGCUGUCCCCGGACUGGGUGCUGACCGCCGCCCACUGCCUGGAGAGGUCCUCUCGGCCUUCGUCAUACAAGGUCAUCCUGGGAGCGCACCAUGAGCAGAACCUGGAGGCGGACGUGCAGGAGAGGGACGUGUCCAAGCUGGUGCUGGAGCCCACGCGGGCUGACAUAGCGCUGCUGAAGCUGAGCAGCCCUGCCAUCAUCACCGACAAGGUGAUCCCGGCGUGCCUGCCAUCCGCCGACUACGUGGUCGCUGACCGGACGGUCUGUUACAUCACUGGCUGGGGAGAAACCCAAGGCACCUUCGGCGCCGGCCUCCUCAAGGAGGCGCAGCUGCCCGUGAUCGAGAACAAGGUGUGCAACCGCUACGAGUACCUGAACGGCAGGGUCAAGUCCACAGAGCUCUGCGCUGGGCUCUUGGCCGGGGGCGCCGACAGCUGCCAGGGCGACAGCGGGGGGCCGCUGGUCUGCUUCGAGAAGGACAAGUACAUUUUACAAGGAGUGACUUCUUGGGGUCUCGGCUGUGCUCGCCCCAACAAGCCUGGCGUCUAUGUCCGCGUCUCAAGGUUUGUCAAGUGGAUCGAGGAGACCAUGAAAAACAAUUAGUGGCUGGGAGGCGCGGGACGCGUGGCGGACGCAGGCGCUGGGA